AACAAAUCAAACAACAUAUCACAUUGAGUAUAUAUUUUUUUUACCGACAUAUAUACAUCAAAAAGAUGAUUAAGAGAUUGUCUAUGAAUUUAAGUAUAAAUUUACAUGAGUACUUUAAAAUUAGAACCGACCCACCAAAUUUAACCUAACCCAAGCCGAAAACCCGAAUAAUACCUCUAGUACUAGGAAAGGAUAAACCUUCAUCAACUACCAUAACUACCAAAAUUUGAGCCCUUACCUUUAAAAUUAAUCCUCACCAAAUGUCCUCCUCUUUCACUCAUUUUCUCUCUCCUACUUUACUCCCUCUUUCAUCUUCUUCCUCUACUCUUUCUUCUCUUCCAACCCAUCAAAACUGUUCACCAUUGCUGCAAAAACCUUCUGCAACUCUGACUUCCUCUGCUCCAUUUCAAAACCCCACUUCAGAAAUCCUUUCUAAGCAUUCAUGGGUCGAAACCCUUCGUUCCCAAGCACGUUCUGGGCUUCUCAUGGAAGCCAUUUCCACCUACAUUUCCAUGUUAAUGGCGGGUGUUGUUGCGGACAAUUUUGUAUUUCCGGCCAUUUUGAAGGUUGCAGCGGGCCUUUAUGAUUUGAAUUUUGGGAAACAGAUUCAUACCCAGGUGUUUAAACUUGGGUAUGGGUCGAAUUCAACUACUGUAGAUAAUACCCUUGUGAAUAUGUAUGGGAAAUGUGGAGAUAUUGGGGAUGCACGUAAGGUGUUUGAUAAAAUGUCUGAGAGAGAUCAGGUUUCGUGGAACUCGAUUAUUUCGGUUUUGUGUAGGCAUGAGGAGUGGGAGGAUGCUUUAGAGGCGUUUUGGGUGAUGCAAGAGGAGAAUGUUGAGCCUAGUUCGUUUACAUUGGUGAGUAUCGUGUCGGUUUGUGGGAAUUUGGGGGUUGUUGAUGGGUUGAGGCUUGGGAAGCAAGUUCAUGGUUAUAGUUUAAGGAAGGGAGAUGUGAGAACUUUUAUAGUUAAUUCAUUGAUGGCUAUGUAUGCAAAAUUGGGAAAUGUUGAUUAUGCAAAAUCAUUGCUUUACACGUUUGAGGAUCGAGAUUUGGUCACUUGGAAUACUAUGAUAAGCUCAUUCUCACAGAAUGAUCGUUUCAUAGAAGCACUAAAGUUCUUAAAGUUUAUGGUUCAGAAAGGGGUUAGGCCGGACGGAGUAACAAUUGCAAGUGUUUUGCCUGCUUGCUCUCAUUUGGAGUUGUUGGAUUUAGGAAAAGAAAUUCAUGCUUAUGUGAUUAGAAAUGAAAUUUUGAGUGAUAAUACUUUUGUGACUAGUGCUUUGGUUGAUAUGUAUAGCAAUUGCAAAGAGGUAACUAGUGGUCGUUUAAUUUUCGAUAACACCCAAGUGAGGAAUAUAGCUAUUUGGAAUGCUAUGCUCGCUGGUUAUGCACUAAAUGGACGUUUUGAGGACGCAUUGAAGCUUUUCAUUGAAAUGCUUGAAGUUGCAGGGGUUUCCCCGAAUCCCACCACUAUGGCAAGUGUUUUACCGUCCUGUGUUCACAGCCAAGAAUUCUUAGAUAUUCAUGGUUUUGUAAUCAAAUUGGGCUUUGACAGGAAUACUUACGUACAAAAUGCUCUAUUGGAUAUGUACUCUAGGAUAGGAAGAUUGAAAUUUCCAAAAAACAUAUUUGAUAGCAUGGAACAUAAGGAUAUUGUCUCCUGGAACACAAUGAUAACUGGCUGUGUUGUCUGUGGACAGCACAGCGAGGCUCUUCUAUUGCUUCAUGAGAUGCAACGACUUAAUGAUAGUGAGGAUGAACAUGAGUAUGAUAUAAGAACUUUUCAUAGGGCAAAUUCAAUUACUCUUAUGGCUGUUCUUCCUGGUUGUGCUUCCUUAUCAGCACUGGCUAAAGGGAAAGAGAUCCACGCCUAUGCCAUAAAAAACAAUAUGGCAUCGGAUGUCGCUGUUGGAAGUGCAUUAGUUGACAUGUAUGCAAAAUGUGGAUGUUUGAAUAUGUCGAAAAGAGUUUUUGAUCUUAUGCCGAAGAAGAAUGUGAUAACGUGGAAUGUGCUUAUCAUGGCUUAUGGUAUGCAUGGGCUAGGAGAGGAAGCACUUAGUCUGUUUCGGGAAAUGGCAGCCGAGGCUUUGCAGGGUAGUGACACGAAGCCCAAUGAAGUUACAAUUAUCGCUGUGUUUGCUGCUUGUAGCCAUUCUGGCUUGGUUAAUGAAGGACUAGAUCUUUUUUGCAGCAUGAGCGAUAGAUAUGGGAUUAAUCCUACAGGUAAUCACUAUGCUUGUGUGGUGGACUUGCUUGGUCGAGCAGGGAAACUGGAUGCGGCAUAUGAGCUCAUCAGUAGCAUGCCUGCUCAAUAUGAUAAAACAGGUGCUUGGAGCAGUUUGUUGGGUGCUUGUCAGGUGCACAAGAAUGUAGAACUGGGAGAGGUUGCCGCAAGGAAUCUUAUUCAAUUGGAACCACACAUAGAUAGCCAUUAUGUUUUACUUUCCAAUAUCUAUUCGUCAGCUGGGCUUUGGGAGAAGGCAACAGAAGUCAGGAAAAAUAUGAAGCAGAUGGGAGUGAAAAAAGAACCUGGAUGCAGUUGGAUUGUGUUCGGCGACAAGGUUCAUAAAUUCCAUGCAGGUGAUGUAUUGCACCCACAAAGUGAGCAGCUGCAUGGUUUCAUAGAGGACUUGUCAGAAAGGAUGAAAAAGGAGGGUUAUGUUCCUGACACUUCCUGUGUUCUUCACAAUCUUGACGAAGAGGAAAAGGAGAGUCUAUUAUGUGGGCAUAGUGAGAGAUUGGCAAUAGCAUUUGGCAUCCUAAAUACGCCUCCUGGAUGUACAAUUCGUGUUUCAAAGAACCUAAGAGUUUGCAACGAUUGCCAUACAGCUACGAAGUUUAUUUCUAAGAUUGAAAAGAGAGAGAUAAUUCUUCGUGAUGUGAGGAGGUUCCAUCAUUUUAAGGAUGGAGUCUGUUCUUGUGGGGAUUACUGGUGAACAGUUCUUCAUCUCUUUCCCUUUCAUAUUCUCAAUACACAAGAUCCUCAUCCUACACAAAAUGUAUCUUUCAUAUUUUACUUUGUUGUACAAGCUGUAUAAAAUGUACAAUUUUCAGUUGUGAAGACUGGUUUGGAAAACUGGAUAUACAGAAUGCUGUCAAAAAAUGUUGGUGUAAUACAAUCUUCUCAUUUAUGGUAUCUUUUGUUUGACUUCCAA